AUGGCCGCCCGAAGAGGAGCUGCAUUGUUCGCGCCCUGCGCCAAUGGCCUUGUUCGCCCGCGCGCCCUUUCAAUUCUGAGCAGAGCACAGCAGCUUCCCGCAAGCCGAUGCCGCACCACCGGCCCGCUGCUCACCACCCUGCUCUCGUCCCGUGCGAGGCUCUACAGCUCCGAGCCCGCUCCAGAGAAGACGCCUCUCUAUGAUCUCCACGCCAAGUAUGGCGCCAAGUUCGUGCCCUUCGGCGGCUUCCAGAUGCCCGUGCAGUACUCGGACCUGUCGCUGGCCGAGUCACACAACUGGACGCGCGAGAAGGCCAGCUUGUUCGAUGUGAGCCACAUGGUCCAGCACUACUUCAAGGGCCCCGGCGCCGCUGCUUUCCUCGAGCGCAUCACGCCCGCGUCCGCGAGCACUCUUGCUGACAACACCUCCACCCUGUCCACCCUGCUGCACCCCCACACCGGCGGCAUCGUCGACGACACCAUCAUCACCAAGCUGCCCGGGGACGUCUUCUUCGUCGUCACCAACGCCGCCUGCCGCGACAAGGACUCGGCCUACCUCUCCGGCGAGCUCGACUCCUUCAAGGCCGAGCAUGGCGAGGACGGCAACACGGCCGUGACCUGGGACCGUCUGGACGGCCGUGGCCUGAUCGCCAUCCAGGGCCCUGUCGCCGUCGACAUCGUCUCGGCCAUCCUCCCCGCCGAGUCGCGCGACCUGUCCAAUCUCUACUUUGGCCAGAGCCGCUCGCUGUCGUUCAAGUUGCCCACCGGCGAGACCGUUUCGGACGUGCUCGUCUCUCGCGGCGGCUACACGGGCGAGGAUGGCUUCGAGAUCUCCGUGCCUGGAGAGCACACGACCGCCCUGGCCCAACUGCUGCUCGAGACGGGCGGCCCGGACAAGCUCCGCUGGGCCGGCCUGGGCGCCCGCGAUAGCCUCCGCCUCGAGGCCGGCAUGUGUCUGUACGGCCACGACCUGGAUGACACCACCACGCCCGUCGAGGGCGCUCUCUCGUGGAUCAUCCCAAAGGACCGCCGCGAGAAGGGUGGUUUCCAUGGCGCUGACGCCAUCCUUGCCCAGCUCAAGCCCAAGAGCAAGGGCGGUGCUGGCGUCGACAGACGGCGCGUCGGCUUCAUCGUCGACGGCGCCCCUGCCCGUGAAGGCGCCGAGAUCGUCGACGAGACCGGUGCUUCCAUCGGCAAGAUUACCAGCGGCUGCCCCAGCCCGACGCUCAAGAAGAACAUCGCCAUGGGCUACAUCAAAGACGGCAAGCACAAGAGCGGAACCGAGGUCCAGGUUGUUGUUCGCGGUAGGCCUAGGAAGGCUGUUGUGACCAAAAUGCCGUUUGUGCCGUCAAAGUAUUGGAAAGGUGGAGCCUCGCCUGCCUGA